AAAAUCAAUAAUAAUUUUGUUUACCGAUGGAAAAAGGAAAAACAGUUAUUUCUUAAAAAUAUGGACACAGAAAAUUUAUUUUGUCGAUUAUGCGCCAGUUUAUGUUCAAAUCAUAUGAUAAUUGAAACAAAUGAUAAUGAAUAUAAAGAUUUAGCUGCAAAAAUUUAUCAAUAUUUCGUAAUAAAUAUUGAUACUGAAAAUGAUACACUUCCACGACAUAUUUGUACACAUUGCUAUCAAAAAUUAAAUGAAACAACUGAAUUUCAUCAGCAAAUACAAACAGCUCAAGAAUUAUUAAAAGCAAAAUAUUUAAUUAAAAAUGAAUAUUUCGAUGAAAAACUUAGUAUUAAGAUAGAGGGCUCGAAUCACGAUGAACCAGGAUCAUUUCAUUUCUUAAUGUCAAAUGGAUAUUCAGAUUCAUAUUCAUCAUCUGAUAACGAACCGUUAAGUGAACGUUUAUUGGAAGUUCCUAAACAAAAAGGUAAAAAUAAUAAAAGGAGCAGUAAGAAAUUUAACAUAAGAUCGAAAAUUAGUUGUAAGAAAAAAUCGAGAAAAGAUAAAUUGGAAAUAAAAAGGGAACCAUUUUAUGUAUGUCACCUAUGCGGUAAACAUUAUAAAAGUAAUGCUGAAUUAAAGUCUCAUUUAAAAUGUCAUAAUGGGGAAAAACCAUUCAAGUGUGAUCAAUGUCCAAAAGAAUAUAAAUAUUAUAGAGGAUUACAAGAACAUAAAUUAAGUCAUACAGAUUCUCGGCCGCAUACAUGUCAAAUUUGUGGUCUAACAUUCCGCUUAAAACGUACAUUGGAUCGGCAUACAUUAGUACACAGUGACGCAUUGGAUUAUGAGUGUACUUUUUGUCCUAAACGAUUUAAAAAAAGUUAUUAUUUAAAGGUACAUUUACGACAGCAUACUGGAGAACGACCAUACUCAUGUACAGAUUGUAAUCAUUUCUUUGCAAACGAUGCAAAUUUUAUAAAACAUUUAAAAGGUAAACAUGGUUUAAAACAAUUUUCAAUUGCAAAUAGACAUCAGUAUCCAUCUGAUUUUAAAUGA